GGGCGCUGGCCGUAGGCAUUGCCAAUGGAUGAAUUGGUGCAUGACUUGGCCUCAGCUUUAGAGCAGACUUCAGAACAAAACAAGCUGGAUGAGCUAUGGGAAGAGAUGGCCCUAAGCCCACGGCAGCAGCGGCGUCAGCUUCGCAAGAGACGGGGUCGUAAACGACGCUCAGACUUCACGCAUCAGGCAGAGCAUGCCUGCUGCUACAGUGAGGCCUCGGAAUCAAGCUUGGACGAAGCUGUCAAGGAUUGCCGUGAAGUGCUGACAGCCAAUUUCAGUGACUCUGAUGACAUGGCCGUGGUCAAACGACACCCAGCUCUCAGUGCCACCCUGAGGAGCAAGCAACACUCGUGGCAUGAGUCAGACUCCUUUACAGAGAAUGCGCCCUGUCGACCUCUCAGGCGCCGACGGAAGGUCAAACGUGUGACAUCAGAGGUGGCUGCCAGUCUCCAGCAAAAGCUCAGGGUGUCAGAGUGGAACUACGAGAGGGGCUGCAGGUUCAAGUCAGCCAAGAAACAGCGUCUUUCACGCUGGAAAGAAAAUGCCCCUUGGACAUCAUCCAGUCAUGGCCUUUGUGAAUCAGGAGAGAACAGGCCCUUCCUCAGCAAAGGGGGAAGGAAGGAGCGGAUGGAGUGUGAAGCUGAUGAACAGAAACAGGGCUCAGAUGAAAACAUGUCGGAAUGUGAAACCAGCAGUGUAUGCAGCAGCAGUGAUGCUGGCCUAUUUACCAAUGAUGAGGGCCGACAAGGAGAUGAUGAGCAAAGUGAUUGGUUUUAUGAAGGAGAAUGUGUUCCAGGAUUCACUGUCCCCAACCUUCUUCCCAAGUGGGGAGCUGACCACCGAUCUGAAGUGGAGCGGAUUGACUCAGGCCUGGACAAGCUCUCAGAUUCCACGUUCCUUUUGCCUUCGCGGCCAGCUCAGAGAGGAUUUCAUGCUCGCCUGAAUCGCCUUCCAGGAGCUGCUGCCCGUUGUCUCCGAAAAGGUCGGAGGAGGCUUGUUGGCAAGGAGACCUCCAUGAGCACUCUGGGCACCGAGAGGCUAGGUCAUAUUGUUAGUGAUCCGCGCCAGAAAGAAAAGAACAAAGUGCCGGCUUCUGAUUUCCCACACACUGUGGCCUGUGCACAUGAGUUCAAUCCAUUAUCUCCUCUGUACUCUCUGGAUGUGCUUGCUGAUGCUUCCCACCGAAGAUGCUCACCAGCACACUGCACUGCCAGGCAAGCAAAUGUACACCUGGGACCACCAUGUUCAAGGGACAUCAAGAGGAAACGAAAGCCAGCUGCAGCCUCCAUGUCCAGCCCAACAUCAGCAACUUUAUCUGUCCACAUGGAUGCAGCAGAGUCAGAACUACCAGCAACACCAUCCCUGAGAUCCCAGAACUCUGAGUGGACAGGGAAAACACCAGCAGCCGAGAAAGCCACUAUUGCUGCCUCCAGUAACUUUUUUAAAAUGCCACCAGAGAAGAGCCCUGGAUACAGCUAA